AGGACUUUUUGGCGGGAACGCGAGGAGUGAAGUUGUGUGAUUUGUUUUAUUUUGUCUAUUUAGUGUUUCUUCAGGUUUAAAUGUGUAAUAACGGUGGUUUAUUAACUGUUUAAUAUCUGUGAAAGUGCACAAAUGUGGGAAAAUGAAACAAAGCUGCUGGACGUAACUUCUCGGGUUCCUCCAAAAAGUCCACUGAAAAAAUCUCAGUAAAUGACCACCAUUUUACUGCGAUUAUAUUUCAUCCCAUAUCAUCUCAUUUCAUUAAAUUUCAUCCCAGUUGAUUAAUGUUUCAAAUUAAUCAUCUUCAUUUCAUUUCACUCCAUAUUAUAAUUUUUCAUAAAAUUAAGAAUAUAAAGUAAAAUAAGACAUGACUUAAAGGUCUCAGUUACCAGGUCAUAAAAUCUCUUAAAAAAAAAAAAAAAUAAACAAUAAAUAAACAACGAAAUUAAAUUCUAAAAACCAAAAGAAUAAAAGAGAAAUAGUCAUAUCACAGACACUAAAACAAUUUAAAUGUCUUGGAAGAAAUUAAAUUGUCAACCACAUGAUUUACAGUUAUUGGCUACGCUUUCGGGUGGUCAAAGUUUCAGAUGGACCCACAACACAGAAACAGAUGAAUGGACAGGCAUAUUCUCAAAAACAAUUUGGAAACUCAAACAGGGUGACAACUGUUUGUUAUACCAAGUACUGGGUAGUUUAUUGAACUUUCCAGAAAACAAUGGCAGUAAUAACAAAAAAACAAAUUUCAAAAAGUUGUUAGAAAAUUACCUGAGGUUAGAUUAUGAUCUCAAAGAAUUAUAUAAAGACUGGUCUAAUAAAGAUGAGCUAUUCAAAUCAGCUGGCCAACAGUUCUACGGAGUAAGGAUGCUUAGACAAGAACCUGUUGAAAAUCUUUUCUCAUUUAUUUGUAGCCAAAAUAAUCAUAUUUCAAGGAUAUCGAGUAUGGUGGAAAAGCUGUGCACAAAUUAUGGUGAAGAAAUCUGUAAGCAUGAAAAUACUGUGCAUUACUCCUUCCCUGAUAUUGAGAAAUUGGAGUGCCCAAAAGUUGAAACACAACUAAGAAACCUAGGGUUUGGAUACAGAGCGAAAUUCAUACAAAAAUCAGCAUCACAAAUAGUUGAAUGGGGUGGUGCGAAAUGGUUUGAUGGUCUUCAAAACAUGAAGUACAAAGAUGCUAAAUGUGAACUCAUGAAAUUACACGGAAUCGGACCUAAAGUCGCGGACUGCAUUUGUCUUAUGUCACUAAAUCAUCUCGAAGCACUGCCAGUGGACACGCAUGUUUAUCAGAUAGCAGCCCAGAACUAUUUACCACAUUUACGAGGAAAGAAGAAUGUAACAGAAAAGAUGUACACAGAGAUCGGAGAUCAUUUUAGAACGCUCUAUGGUGAUAUGGCUGGGUGGGCUCACACUAUUUUAUUCUGCUCAGAUUUAAAGAAAUUCCAGCUUGGUGAUAAUUCUCAAGUAAAUGAAUGUUCAAAACCGAAAAGAAAAAGAAAAAAGUAAUAGGUACAUUUAAGUUUAAUUAUAAUUAUGUUUUUAAAUACAGAAUGUUAAUUCACUCUAUAGAA